AUGAGUGGGAAAAACAAUGCACAAGGCCCGCCAAACAAGAAAACCUACGUCGACUCUGCAACGGGACGCAAAGUUAACGAUUAUAUACCCAAAUUUAUUUCAAGCACCCCUUGGUAUUACGCAAAUGACGCACUAAAAAUCGAUUCAAAGAGUCGUAAGAGAAGAACAGAUGACGAGCUUUACGAAGAGAUCACAAAUAAAGCGAACGAUCGAUUAAAACAUCAAAGACUGAACCCAGACGCCGACAUUAUACCAAAUAAUGAACCAAGGCCCGGACUUGGUAUAAACGAUGAGUUCAAAGUAGUCGCUGUGGCAGAAGAUCAGGACUUUGAGAAGAAAAUAGAGGAAAGUUCGAGGAGAAAGAAAAUAAGAGAGUGGAAAAAGAAGGGAAGGUGUGAAAAUUGUGGUGGGAAACACCCAAAGUCCGAGUGUCUGGAAAAGCCGCACUCAGUAUUGUAUGCUUAUAGAGGCAAAAAUGAUAGAACGGGUACAGCAGAUAAGACCGAGUGUUUUGUUAAAGAAGACACUGAUAAAUGGGAUACCAAGCGAGAUAGAUGGCGUGGUAUAGAUAUUGAUGAAGAGUAUGCAAAGGUUGCUGAAAAUUUGAAAAAGAAAGAAGAAAAAGUGCUGCACGAUUUCAAGCAAAACAAUGCUGAUAGCACUGACGCUGCUCAAUCUGGCGAAGGAAAAGAGGAGCCAAAUGACACAGAUAUUUUGAUCAAGGCGAUGAUGAAAAAUAACCCAUUAGCUCAAGAUCCCCUCAACCCGACAAUCUCUCGCGUUCUUGACGAAAAGCCGAGAUAUCUUGAAGUUAUCAAAACUGGUGAGCAAUUGAGAUACAAUCCUAAAUCAAGAGUUUACAAGGAUCUGAAAGAAGGUUAUUUGAAUGAGCGUGGACAAUUCAUACCUUAUUUGACGGGUGAGGCAGCUGAGUUUGAGAAGAUGAAAAAAUUUGCUAGAACAGUUCAAUCGGAACAGAAAAAGAAAUGGGUCGAAGAUAGAGAUAGUGUUCAUGCGGUCACUGAAAAGCAAUAUGCAACAGAGAUAUCACCUACUACUGCAAUGCUAAAGAUGAAAGAAAAGGAAGAAAGGGAUAAGAUUGUUAGAGAAGCUAAGCGUAAAGAACUACUCGAAAAAUAUGGAGCCUUAUAA